GUGGUUGUUGUCCAGCCGCGAAGCAACAACAAGUCCCGAGGAAACGGGAAGGCGAAAACCGCAUCGCCGGUCGGAAACGGACAGCCAGCACCAUGGGUCAAGUGUCACUUGACCGAGGCGGAAUACAAGUGGCGCGGCCACUACGGCUGCUGCUAUUGGUGCAACAGCACCAAGACCUCCCAAUGCCCGGAUCAAGGCAAGGAGGAUGUUCGGCCUCGUAUCAACUCGGGAAACUGAGUUCCUCGGCAGAUGAGGCGACUCCACCUCUCACUCCGCCAGAUUCGGCCGCCUUGCUAGCGGCCUCCUACACAUCUGGGGAGGAUACGAAUGUCGCAAGUCCUCGGUACACUUACGAGGAUUAUGCUCUCCACUUGGUCCCACCGUUGGACCAACCGCUCCACGUGCAACAAUCUACCGCAUGCACGGUUUCAUCACCAUCGGCAAUCGAUUUGGCAGCUUCGCCGCCACCUAUCGUCAGGGAUUCAACGUCAUGGUCAAGACUUGAAGAGCUCAACCCGUUGACAUUUGCGGACUUCCAAUGGAUGCCCCUUCCCCGGUCUGGUCGAUUGCCAAAACCGCAUUGCAACGUGCUCAUGGCACAAUUGCGGGAUUACUUGCACACUGCAGUACGAACUCCGUUGAUGGACGCCGGAGUAGAGGUUGUCGACCUUCACGCCUACAUUGCGAAGAUCGACCGCGAGUUCAAGACACAACGCCGGAGUUUGGACGAGCAUGUGGAACACCUGCGCACCGUUUUGGAGCGGCUACAACAAGCCAAGUACAAAGCCAACCGCGACAAAUGUGGAUUCACGCGGCAGGAGCUGGAUUACUUGGGACAUUAUGUGAUGCCGCAAGGCAUCCGUCCGCUUGCGGACAAGAUCGAGGCCCUCCGCCGCCACGUCAGCAGUGUCACGUCACAGUGCCAGAUCAGCAGUGCCACGUCACAGUGCCAAGUCACAGUGCCACAUCACAGUGCCAGAUCAGCAGUGCCAGGUCACAUUGCCACGUCAGACAUAGUGCCACGACAACAGUGCCACGUCAGACACAGUGCCAUGUCAGCAGUGACGUCCGACACAGUGCCAUGUCAGCAGUGCCACGUGAGCAGUACCACGUCAGACACAGUGCCACGUGAGCGGUGCCACAUCAGCAGUGCCACAUCAGCAGUGCCAUAGUUGGAGAGACAGUACCGGGACCUGACGCAACAGCAUCAGGAGUUGGCGACGCUCCACCGCACAGUGCAGGGCCACGAGGAUGCAACUCGGGCACUCAAUGCCCGAUUGUUGGACCUGGAACAGGUUGUACCAGGACCAGCUGCUGGGGCUUCUAGCAGUGCACCCUCUAACCGCCAACUGGAGGACCGUGUUGACCACGUAGUGGCAAUGCUCGGCGACAUCAGCACUUUCGUUGCGCCGACCACCACCAUCAGCAGUCAGCUGCAUACAUUGAAGACCGAGGUCCAGCAGCUGCAGACAACGAACGCAAAUGGCAAUCCGAAGAUGUAUAAGAUGCCAACGUUCACUCUGGAGAAGUUCAACGACUACACGCAGCAGGAUCCGGUCCUCUGGUGGGAAGCAUUCACAACGCAACUCAGGAUUCUGCCCGUAGACACGCAUGCGUACAUCGGCGCCCUGUUCCUGAACUCAAAGGGUGGAUGCCAGACCUGGUUGACCCACCUGGCAACCUCCCACGGCAUCGACGUACCUGACUUGAAGGACGUAAUCACAUGGGAGGAACUGACACGGCUGUGGAAGAAGCGGUUCAUCGUCGACGACGCGCCAGCACUCACCAUCAACCCACUGUUCACCAUGUCACAGGGCAACACAGCAACACGGGACUGGCUCACGGAGUGGCAGAAGAUUGCGGCUGUGCCCAAUCUGAAUCUACCAUUCGAACAUCUACGCCGUGAGUUCUACAACAGGUCCUAUGCUGCAUUGAGCCAGGCUUUUGGUGAUCGCGAGCAAUACUCAACCUUCGCGGAGAUUAUUGACAAAGCGAGGGAGAUCAUCAAGACCAACAGGUCAGCUGCACACGAGAAAUCAAUAUCAUGGCAGUCGACCUAUGUGGAGAAGGUACGAACUGGUCCGCGACAGCAGCACUUCGCUGCAGUCCAGCAGGACAGUGGAGAUAACCCAGCAGCCACUCCAGCAUCAAGUGACGGAGAUCAGGAUUAUGCUGUCCACUUGGCUCCACCGCUGGACCAACCGCUCAACGUGCAACAGUCCACCGCAUGCACGGUUUCAUCACCAUCGGCAACCGAUUCGGCAGCUUCGCCGCAAUCUAUCGCCGGGGAUUCGACGUCAUGGUCAAGACUUGAUGAGCUUGACCCGCUGACGUUCACGGACUUCCAAUGGAUACCCGUUCCCUCGACCGGACGAUUGCCGAAACCGCAUUGCAACGUGCUUAUGGCACAAUUGCGGGACUACUUGCACACUGCAGUACCAGCUCCGUUGAUGGACGCCGGAGCAGAGGUUGUCGACCUUCUCGCGUACAUCACGAAGAUCGACCACGAGUUCAAGACGCAACGGUACGACGACAUCGACGCACCAUUGCUAUACAUACGCAUUCAGAUCGGAGAGGCAACGUGCAGUGCCUUGAUCGAUUGCGGAGCAUCUCGCAACUACAUCAGCCAGGAAUUCAUGAUACACGCCGGCCUUGGCCCACGUGUCCGGAGGAAGUCCCAGCCUACGCAAGUCACUCUGGCAGACGGUCAUACGCACAAGUCCAUCGACCAGUGCAUUGACGUCAUCCCAGUGUACUUUGCCCCUCACGCAAGUCAGGCGGUGUCCUUUGAGAUUUUGGACACCAAAUUCGACAUGAUCUUGGGCAUGUCAUGGCUGCGAAGCAAGGAUCACCCGGUGAACUUCUUCAACUGCACGGUUCCCGUUCGUGACCGGAAUGGAGUAUUAGUUUCAUGCACGUUGCCUCUUCCUCAUCCUUCGAUCAGCUGCCACGUGGUAUCCGCCACAAGCAUGCGAGCUUCCAUCAUCAGAGACGACAUCGAGGAGAUGGGGGUGUGUUUUCUCCACGCCCUCCCGCCACAUGACGCUUCAUCGACGGACUCACCUUCGGAUCCACGCAUCACCGAACUUCUCGACACCUACGGUGACGUGUUCGAAGGCCCGCACGGAGUAGUACCGGAUCGACCCAUCCGCCACGAGAUCAUCCUCGAGGACGGGGCCGUACCUCCGCGCGGCUGCAUCUACCGAAUGAGCGAGGAAGAGUUAAGUGUGCUUCGGGCACAACUCGACGACCUUCUAGAGAAAGGUUGGAUUCGGCCUAGCUCAUCGUCAUACGGUGUUCCCCUUCUCUUCGUCCGGAAGAAGAACAAGGACCUGCGGUUGUGCAUCGAUAAUCGCAAGCUCAACGCGCAGACGAUCAGGAACGUCGGCCCUCUCCCACGCAUCGACGACCUUCUCGAGCGAUUGGGCGGCGCCCAGUUCUUCUCCAAGCUGGAUCUCAAGUCAGAGUACCACCAACUCGAAAUUCGCAAGGAGGACCGCUACAAGACCGCGUUUAAGAAGCGAUAUGGGCAUUUCGAAUGGCUGGUCAUGCCAUUUGGCCUUACGAAUGCCCCGGCCACUUUCCAAGUGGCUAUGACAACGAAGUUCCGACACAUGCUGGAUCGAUACGUACUUAUCUAUCUCCACGACAUCCUGGUGUACAGCCGAAGUUUGGACGAGCAGGCCAAGUACAAAGCCAACUGGAGGAGCAUGUGGAACACAUGCGCACCGUUUUGGAUCGGCUAUGACAGGCCAAGUACAAAGCCAACUGCGACAACUCUAUCUUCGGAUCACCCGCCGGCCAGCCAUUACCGCAUUGCCGACGGGUACUUGCUCCUCCACUCGAGAGGCAAGGACUUACUAUGUGUCCCACGCGACCGUCAUCCUCGGACUCGCCUCCUCGGCGAGUAUCAUGAUUCACGACUCGCCGGCCAUUUCGGAGUCAACCACACUAUUGCACGGCGUCGACAGCGAUUCCGAUGGCCCGACCUCAUUACCGAUGUCACUCGGUAUUGCGACUCUUGCGAAGUUUGCCGACGCAGCAAGCCCCGCAACCGCAAUCCCUACGGCGAGUUACACCCGAUGCCUAUCCUACGGGAACUUGGUCUCUCCAUUGCCAUGGACGUCACCGGUCCGUUUCCUCGCGACCGGCUCGGGCACGACGGCAUCCUCGCAGUUGUGGACCGAUUGAGUAAGUAUGCGCGCUUUCUCCCUUGCAAGUACUACUCCACGGCUCCCGAGCUGGCACGCCUCCUGCACACUGGUUGGAUUUGUGGCCACGGUGUACCAGAAAACAUUGUCAGCGACCGCGACACUCGUUUCAUGUCGGCGUUUUGGACUGCUCUCAUGCAGGGGUCCGGCACAACAAUGAAACCAAGUUCGGCUCGACAUCCUCAGAUAGACGGGCAGACGGAGCGGGCAUAUCAAACCGCUCAAAUGAUGCUUCGUACACUCAUCCGUCCGGACCAGAAAGAUUGGGUUGACUUCCUCCCCGACAUCGAGUUCGCCUACAACACUUCGGUGCAUCCGACGAUCCACGUGACUCCAUUCGAGUUGCACCACGGUGGACGAAAAGGCCGGAUCUUCGCCGACCUUCUCCUCCCUCAACCAACCCACCUUGACGCUGCCUGCUCUCCCGCUUCCGUCCGGAAGUAUAGGGAAUUGCUGAGUCAAGCCCGCGCAAAUAUGCAAAAGGCUCAAGUCCGCAUGCAGCAGCAAGCCAACAUGGGUCGCGUACCAUGUCCCAUCCGCGCCGGUGAUCUGAUUUGGGUCUCCGCGGAAGAGUUUGCAUUAGAACAGGAUGUUUCACUCAAACUGCUUCCCAAGUGGUUUGGACCUUGGUCUGUGACAGCAGCCGCGGGCGAUGAGCCCGAUGGCCCUUCAUUUGUGAUCAACAUUCCAGAGCAUCUGACGGUCCAUCUGGUCUUCCACGCCUCGAAGCUGGCAACAUACACGCCAGCCAAGAGCGACGACUUUCCGGACCGACGAUCGCAGGACCCUCCUUCUAUGGAUGGCCAUCAGGAAGUUGACCGUGUCAUCUCCGAUCGCAAGUACGGCAGCAAGCCGCGGCAGUACAAAGUCACAUUCAAAGCAUGCGAUCGAGACGACACUCGGUGGAUUUCAGGCGCAGAUUUGAAAGCAUCCGCACCGCUGAUCUACGUGCAUUAUGAAAAGUGCAGGUUAGCUCAGGACGCUUCACGGCCAGCCCCUCCCACCCGGACUGUGGUCCCUCCCUCAGACAGACAGCUUCGCCCUCGCAGGUAAGCUCGGUUCUUCAAGGAGGGGGGGGUGUGGCAUACUGUGUAGCCACACGGGCCCUACAGGGCCCGUCCCGGACAUUCAGCCUAAAAGC